UUAACAGAACCCCGGAAUCCUGAUGCCCAGCGCCCCUGCUAUAACCACUAGCCCACCCUGCCUGUACACUCUGGGACCACCCCAGGUCAUUCCUUCACAUGCUGGGUGUCUGUGUUCCAUCGGUGGGUUCAGGACAUGUCCCCGGCCAGGGCUGUGUGUGUCUCUGUGCUGCAAGCUCCCUGCCCUGAGCUCUUAGUGGUUCCCUCUCUGCAGAGCCCUCCAUGGCUGAGAUCAUGAUGAAGAAGGGGCUCCCCCUGGCUGGCCGGACCCUGGGGGAGUUCCCAAUAUCCCCUCUUCGCUUUGUGUCAGCAUCGGGGGGACGCCAGAGGAAACUGGACCACUUCAGGAGAGGAGACAAGACUUGCAGCUCUGACUGGACCAUUACGCCUGGGGUUAUCCCAAAAUCCUUUGCCAGUCCCAGACCUGCUCGCCCAGGGUGCUGGUCUCCUGUGCUGGGGCAAGGGGCUGGCUCUCUGCUCUGGACACCACAGCUGGACCAUGUCCUGUCUCUCUUCCUGGUCCGCUCCAUGGGCCCCUGGCGUUUGUACCAUCAGAACUCUCCUGCAGUGGGCAGGCUGACAGCUGAAGACGUGCAAAAGGCCAGAGACACCAAGGUGCCACCCAUCCGGCCCUACAGACAUAUGCUCAGUGACAAAUCUUGUGAGCGGAAGGUCCCCGCGACUCGGCUCGGCAGGCUGGCCAACUUUGGGGGCUUAGCCGUGAGUGUCGGGAUCGGGGUCCUGGUGGAAGCUGCCAAGAAAUCCUUCCGGGCAGAAACAGUUGUGAAAGGUGAGCCGUCACCCUCGAGCUCAGGUGCCCUCCUGUCUGAAGCCAAUGCAGAGCGGAUCGUCAGGACCCUGUGCAAGGUGCGGGGUGCGGCCCUGAAACUCGGCCAGAUGCUGAGCAUCCAAGAUGACGCUCUUAUUAACCCUGCGCUCCAGAAGAUCUUUGAGAGGGUCAGGCACAGCGCCGACUUCAUGCCCACUAAGCAAAUGAUGGGGGUGCUGCACAGCGAACUGGGCCCAGACUGGCGCAGGCGGCUGGCCUGGUUCGAGGAGCGCCCCUUCGCUGCUGCUUCCAUUGGGCAGGUGCAUCUGGCACAGCUGCUGGAUGGGCGCAAUGUGGCCAUGAAAAUCCAGUACCCAGGCAUUGCCCAGAGCAUCAACAGUGAUGUCCGGAACCUCAUCUCCCUACUGAGUCUGAGCAACGCGCUGCCUGAAGGGCUUUUCCCUGAACAUGCCAUCGAGGUAAUGAGCCGUGAGCUGGCCUUGGAGUGCGACUACAAGCGGGAGGCUGCCUGUGCCACGAGAUUUCAGCAGCUGUUGCAGGGUGACCCGGUGUUCUAUGUGCCGUCGGUGAUCAGUGAGCUGAGCACCCAGCGGGUACUGACCACGGAGUUGGUGCCCGGCUUCCCCCUCGACCAGGCCCAGGGGCUGGACCAGGAGACACGCAACAUGAUCUGCUCCAGUAUCCUGGAUCUGUGCGUGCGGGAGCUCUUCCACUUCCGCUACAUGCAGACCGACCCCAACUGGUCCAACUUCUUCUAUGAUCCACACAGCGGCAAGGUGGCGCUGCUGGAUUUCGGAGCCACCCGCAGCUUUGACAAGGCCUUUACGGAUCAGUACAUUGAGAUCAUUAAGGCUGCGGCUGAGGGCGACCGGGCUGGGGUGCUGCAGGGAUCCAUUGCGCUUCGGUUCCUCACGGGCUAUGAGACUCAGGCAAUGAAGGAUGCCCACGUAGACGCUGUGAUGAUUCUGGGUGAGGCCUUUGCUGCCGACAGCCCCUUUGACUUUGGGGCCCAGAACACGACGCACCGCAUCCACACCCUCCUGCCCAUCAUGCUGCAACACCGCCUGACACCGCCCCCUGAGGAGACCUACUCCCUCCACCGCAAGAUGGCCGGCUCCUUCCUCAUCUGUGCCCGGCUUGGUGCCCGCAUCCCCUGCCGGCCCAUCUUCCGCCAGGCCUAUGCCCGCUACUGGGGCCGGGAGGGCUGAGAUUGCAGAAUGUGGGUGGUGUCCUGGUAGGGUGGGGGGCCCAGCAGACAUUUCGGGGUGUGGCACCCACAGGGGGAUCCUGGGGGCUUACGGAUGCCAUCAUGGAGAGUACAUUGGGAGCCCCGCACCUUUGAAUGAUUGGAGUUUCAAGGAACCUUUCUGGGCUGGACUAAAGGGAUUUUUUACGGAGACUUCAUGGAAUGAUAGGAAUUUCAACGGAGCCCUCAGGUUCGUGACAGUUUCAAGGGGGCUCUGAGAGACUGGAGAAUUUCAAAGGGGCCCUCAUAGAAGGGUGGGACUGGGAGUUUCAAGGGACCCUUAUAGGUAGGUUUCAGGUGAGUUUUGAGGGAGCCCUCAUAGAAUGAGAGGCGUUUUGAAGGAGCCCUCAUAAAAUGAGAGGAGUUUCAAGGGAGCCCUCAGGGAUGUGGGAGUUUCAAGGGACCCUUAUUAGGAAGUCUUAUGUGAGUUUCGAGGGAGCUCUUACAGGAUGAUAAGAUUUUUGAGGAAACCAUUAAGAAAGUGAACACCAAGCAGAGGGAGCCGGGGAGGGGGUGAUUGGGUAAUUGUCAUGGACUUGAGGAAAGCUGGGGGGCUUCCCCUUUCCCACCCUGGUCAUGCUGGUGAAUUUUACACAGGGGAGCCCAAGGCCUGUCGCCAACUGUAACCCCUCCCGCCGCCAUGAGCUUGCCCUCCAUCCAUCUCUGCACCCAACUGGGAUCCCCCACCCAGAAACAGGCCCUGCGGCUCCAUGGGGAACCCUCCACUUCAAGCUGGCAUCAGAGGCAGAGCAAAGGAGUUGAUGUCAUGACCCUCCCACAGCAGGGGAGCGACCCCAUCUGUCUCCCAGUCUGCACGUAUCUCCCUAGCCAAUGUAGUCCAUGUGCAUUGUGGUGUAUGCCUGUCUUCCCCUAGGGGCAGCACCAGGCAUUACAGCCCAUGAACACUACAGGGUGUGCGCGCGUGUCCUCACCCAGAACCUGAGCCAGGCAUUACAGUCCAUGCACUUUACUGUAUGGAUAUCUUCCUCUGUCUAGGGACAGCACCAGGCUGGGUGUUUGUGCAUGUGUGUGUAACCCCUUUAGGGUUUGGAGAGCAUGGCCCCUUUAAAUCUUUUUCCUGGGGGGAGGGGAAGAGUAAGAAAAAAAGGAGGGAACCUCCGGGGGCUGGAGCUCCAAGGAGAGGUGGAGGCAGCCUGCAGGCCCUGGAAAAGUGAAGCAGCAGAGAACCUUCCCGAGGCCUGAGACGGACAGGGUGGAUCGGGGACAGCCCAGGACAGGAGCCAGGAGGAGCACUGUGCCAGGGAAGAAUUGCCCGAGAAGGACAGGCCGGACCCAGUAUCACAUUCACUGCUGCCUAGAGCUGCAUGGGGCUGUGAGUACUGGGGCUUGUGACUCUGCAUUGGGAACAAGGAGGGAGGUUGCUAGCUAGUUAAGUGGGGAGGUGGUCACUCUGUGUGGCUUUGCAGAGAGCAGCAGAAGAGGGCACUGGAGGGGUUUGUUGGGGAAAGUUCACUGGCGCCGAAGACGACCAGGAGCACCCAAGACUCACCAUUGGACUGGAACUUUGCUCAGGACUCCUGAACUCUGUGUGCAGACACAUUGGUCAGUGUCUGUCCUUCCAGACUGUGCUACCAUUGGGCCUGUGGGGCCUUGGUUUGGAUGCAAUCCUGUUUUACUCUCCCUUAUAUUUCCCCUUGUUGUUUUUCUCCUCUCAUCCCUCUGUAAAUAAAUAUUUCCCUUGUUGUAUCCACUGUA